AAAAAUUCCUGCAACUGAAAAGCGAAGAGACAAAAGUGGCAAACGUGUGGAUGAUGUCUUUCACAGUGUUCGGUCUUCUUCUUGUUCCUCCAAUCAUGUUCAACCAAAUCUCAGCUUCACUGUUCACUCUCUCCAUUCCACUUCUCUCGCUGACCUCUAUUCACCGAGAUCAAUGUCUCUUCUGAUCAGAUCCUCUUACCUUUCUCAAUCUCACAUCCAACCUAGAAACUCAAAACCAUCCUCUCACACAAAUCAAACCCCGUUGAAACUAGUGUUCUUAUCUUCUUUUAACCACAACCCUCUCGUCAGUUUGGUGAAUAAACGCAACCCGACAAUGCAACCUCCCACCUUUCCUCCUUCGAUGACUGUUAAGAGCUCCUUGAUUGACCCAGACGGUGGGGAACUCGUUGAAUUAAUGGUUUCCGAAUCUGAGAUUAAGCUGAAGAAGGCUGAGUCAGAGACGAUGCCGAAAGUGAAGCUGACGAAGAUCGAUCUGGAGUGGGUGCACGUGAUCAGCGAAGGAUGGGCUAGUCCUUUGAAAGGGUUCAUGAGAGAAGACGAGUAUCUUCAGAGUUUGCAUUUCAACUCUCUGAGGUUGAAAGAUGGGUCUCUGGUCAACAUGUCGCUUCCUAUUGUUCUUGCUAUUGAUGAUGACACCAAGGAACAGAUCGGUGUGUCUAAGAAUGUUGCUCUUGUUAGCCCUCAAGGAGAUGUCAUCGGUUCUCUUAGAAGUGUGGAGAUAUACAAACACAACAAGGAAGAAAGGAUUGCUAGAACUUGGGGAACCACUUCUCCAGGACUGCCUUAUGUUGAAGAACACAUCACUCCAUCUGGAAACUGGCUGAUCGGUGGAGAUUUAGAAAUUUUCCAGCCUAUUAAGUACAACGAUGGGCUUGAUCACUACAGGCUAUCUCCUAAACAACUUAGGAAAGAGUUUGACAAUCGUCAAGCGGAUGCUGUGUUUGCAUUCCAGCUAAGGAACCCUGUGCACAACGGCCACGCUUUGUUAAUGAACGAUACACGUAAAAGGCUUUUGGAGAUGGGUUAUAAGAACCCUAUUCUGCUGCUUCAUCCUUUGGGAGGUUUCACUAAGGCUGAUGAUGUUCCUCUUGAUGUUAGAAUGGAACAACAUAGCAAGGUUCUUGAAGAUGGAGUGCUUGACCCGGAGACUACUAUUGUCUCGAUAUUUCCAUCACCGAUGCACUAUGCUGGUCCAACAGAAGUUCAGUGGCACGCCAAGGCUAGGAUUAAUGCAGGUGCUAAUUUCUACAUUGUGGGACGUGAUCCAGCGGGAAUGGGACAUCCUACUGAGAAGAGAGAUCUGUAUGAUCCUGAUCAUGGGAAGAAAGUCUUGAGCAUGGCUCCUGGACUUGAGAAACUAAAUAUUCUUCCAUUUAGGGUUGCAGCUUACGAUACAGUUGAGAAGAAGAUGGCGUUUUUCGAUCCCUCUCGCACAAAAGAGUUUCUUUUCAUUUCUGGAACUAAGAUGAGAACGUAUGCAAGAACAGGAGAGAGUCCACCAGAUGGGUUUAUGUGUCCGAGUGGAUGGAAUGUUCUUGUCAAAUACUAUGAGAGCUUGCAAGAAAGUGAUGAAUCAUCUAAACAACAACAAGCCGUUGUUUGAGUUGUCCGUGGUGGCUGCCGGCUUGUGUUUCACCAGUUCAGCCCUUCAUUUUAAGCUUACCUAUUUUUGUCUUGUGAAAAGUCACCAAUGUUUUCCAAAACCAAAUAAUAAUCUUGAAUAAUGUGUUCUUGCUGAUGAAUUUGAAUGUGACUGGCCUCAUGGAGUA